GGUCCGAGCGAGCAUGAUGUACCAGCCGGCCCUCCUGCAGACGCCGUCCCGGCGACCCGGCAGCCAUGCGAGCUCGACGUCGUCCUCGGACCAUGCGACGACCGAGUACUGGAAGCAGCAUGGCGCGCUCAAGAUGUCGUACCUCGACGACGUGCAUGCGGUGUACGCGGCCUUCCAGAAGAUCCUCGGGUCACGGGACCUCGACGAGCGCCGCAAGAUCGCGCACCUCAUCGAGUACGUCUCGUUCUGCAAGCAGGUCCUCGAGGAAGACGCGGCGACGCAUGCGAUUCGGACGUGGGAAGAGCUCGCGCGCGUCCGCAAGUACAUCUCCAACAUUGUCGUGCCCUAUGUGACCAAGCUCUCGACGGAUGACCUCCCCGAGCGCGUCGAGGACGACGACACGAUGGGCCGCGACUCGAUGGACUCGCUCGGGUCGCCGCCGCAGCACGAGACCAACCAUGUGAAGGUCAUGUGGACCGGUCGCCGCCACGGCGACCUCGGGCAGCGACCACAGUUUAGCCUUCCGCCGCCGUCGGUCAUGGACGACCGCAGCAGCAUGACGUCGUCCGAGAACACAUAUGCAUCGUACCACACGGAGAACGGCAUGGACUACUGGCGCUCGCAUGGAGCGCUCAAGGACGCCCAUUUCGCCAACGUCCUCGCGGUCCACGCGGCCUUCAAGCAGCAUUUGAGUCGACCGGGCGCCGUCCAGAACGAGCAGCGCCAGAAGAUCGAGUACCUCAUGGGCUACGUCGAGUUUUGCCUCCACGUGCUCCAGGAAACACCGUCGUCGCAUCCGCCGCGCUCCAACGCCGACUUGCGCCGGCUCACCAAGUCGAUCCACAAGAUCAUCACUCCCUACAUGCACAAGCUGACGCAGUCGUCGUCGCUCUCGUCGGUCUCGUCGGCCAGCGGCAGCAAGAUGCUGCCCUCGAUGUCGGACCAGCUCUUUGCCGUCAAGCACCAGAACCCGACCAUGUCACCGAACCUCCGCGACGACCGGCAGCGACGCCUCGACGCGUACUGGCAACAACACACGCAGCUCAAGCAACUGUACUUGGCCAGCGUCGGCGAGGCCUACCGUUUCUUCCAGAUGUACCUCCAGCAAUACCGUGGGCACAAGUCACCGGAACACAUCCAGGACGUCGUGCAUCUCUUCGAGUACGCCGACUACUGCGGUCAGGUUCUGGAAGAGACACCCGCGACGCACGCGCCCCGCGAUAUCAAGGAGCUCGAGCACGUCUACACGUAUAUUACGACCGUGAUUGAGCCGCACUUCAAGAAGCUCCAGACCGAAGUCAACGCGACCUUGUCGCCACUCCGUGACACGUUCCUCUCGACCGAGAUCUCGUUGCCAUCGCUCGCUCCGUCGAAUGUGUCGUCGGCAGCGCCGCGCACCGACUCUAGCUUUUCGUCGGCGGCCUCGGACGCGACGUCGCAGCACGUCUACUGGCGCAAGCACGCGGCCCUCAAGGAGAUUUACGGCCAAAAGGUCGGCAUGGUGCUCCAGAGCUUUCAGAAAUACGUGCAAGCGCACUCGCAAGCCAAGUCGGCGACCGAAGCCCGCAAGCUGGCGCGGCUCUACGAGAUGCUCGAGCAGGUUGAAUUUUGCUGCGGCAUCUUUGCGGAAACCGACCGCACGCACCCGCCCCGGGAAAUCGCCGAGCUCGACGCGGUGCACCAGUGCAUCACGCAAGUCGUGAUCCCGUACUGCCAAAGCGUCGACGGCGGUGACAGCAAGGCCAUUUUUUAACAACCAUCGCGUCGACGCAGUAUAUAUAUAGGGUUAGGGAAUGUAGAUUGUGUAGCUAUAAUCGCAGCGACGCACCGGCGCCAAUGGCAGCAAUCGGGUCGGUGUCGAUGACGUCGUAUCAUUUUGUCGACACAGUACGUGAGCUGUACUUUUGCCGCGUCGUGUCGGCCUCUGCAAGA